AUGGCCCAGUCGAUUCAAAACUUUCGAUAUCCUGACCAACCAUGCGCCUGGAACGAACGAGACCUCAUACUAUUUGCGGCAAGCAUUGGUUGCAGGGCGGAAGAGCUGAGAUACCUCUAUGAAAAACAUCCGACCUUUUGUGCGUUUCCGACAUAUCCUGUGAUCCUUCAAUUCAAGGGCGCUGCAAAUUCGGUCGUUGACUAUUACUCGAAUAUUCUGAAGCCACCUCCAAUCCCCGGCAAGACGGAACGGUUCAUUGACCCUACUCGUGUCCUGGAUGGUGAACGACGUAUCGAGAUUUUCAAAGCUUUGCCCCCAUCUUCGGAAGGGAGACCUUUCAAGCUGAAGACAAGGGUUUUGGGUAUGUACGACAAGGGUGCGAGCGGAACAGUGGUCGAGACCGAAGCCCUGCUAGUUGAAGGCUCCGACAUAUAUUGUCGCAUUGUACGCCAGAGUUUCGCCGUUGGCCAAGGCCAGUGGGGCGGUCCCAGGGGACCUAGUCGGCCCAGUUUGAUGCCCCCGGAAAAUAGACCAGCAGACAGAGUGGUGACUAUGGACACGCGGCCGGAAUUGACUCUUCUCUACCGAUUAAAUGGAGACUAUAAUCCACUCCACGCCGAUCCUGCCGUGGCCCAAAAGGCUGGCUUCCCGCAACCGAUUCUUCACGGACUCUGCACCUGGAAUAUGACAGCGCACGCUGUCUUGGACACUUUUGGGACAGCAGAAGCGACAUUGAAAGAAUUCCAGGCGAGAUUUACCAAUGUUGUUUAUCCUGGCGAGACUCUGACGGUGGAAAUGUGGAAAAUGAGCCAUGCUGGAUCAGGGAGUGCAGGUUCGUCGGAAAAUACGAUGGAGAUUCGAUUCCUGACGAAGAUCCGAGAAAGUGGAAAGGUUGCGUUAUCUAAUGGUAGAGCCACGAUACAAGUCAAGCAUGACAAGAGUAACUUGUAG